CUUUUAUAGUUUUCUAGUCAUCUACUAUUCACACUUCAUCGUCUUUACCUCAUCUCCUCAUUUCUCUAUAUCUUCCUACGCAAUAUAAUCUUCAUACAUAAUCUUCUCCAAGCCACUUCACUCUCUCCCUCCACAAAAACAUCAUCGUAACAAAACAUCAAACAAUUCCUUAAUUUCCACGAACACAAAAGAUCGAGGAAACAAUGGAGGUUUUCUUUCUGUUAUUUUUGGCGGUUCAAAUGAUGAUCGACCCGUCACGCGCCGCCAUCGACACUUUCGUCUACGGCGGCUGUUCGCAGAUGAAGUUCACGCCGGGGACGCCGUACGAGUCAAACGUUAACUCGGUCCUCACCUCGUUCGUUAACUCGGCCGGUUCGGCUAAUUUCAAUAACUACAAGAUAUCCGUCCCGGGCUCUUCCCAGAGCGACAUUGUUUACGGCCUUUACCAGUGCCGCGGCGAUCUGGGCGGCGCGGAUUGCCGGAAUUGCGUGGGGCGGGCGGUGAGUCAACUCGGGAUGCUGUGCGUCGACACCUCGGGCGGCGCGUUGCAGCUGGACGGGUGUUUCGUGAAGUACGAUAAUGUUUCGUUCCUCGGGGCGGAGGACAAGACGGUAGUUUCGCACAAGUGUGGGCCCCCGAUCUCGUACGGCUCCGACGACGAGACGCGCCGCGAUGCCGUGCUGUCGUAUCUGACGGCUGGGGGACAGUACUUCCGGGUCGGUGGGUCCGGGCGCGUCCAGGGCGUGGCGCAGUGCACGCAAGACCUGAGCCAAACGGAGUGCCAGGAUUGCUUGUCCGACGCCAUCGCACGGCUGAGAAACGAGUGUGGCUCCGCGCCCUGGGGAGAUAUGUUCCUCUCCAAGUGCUACGCGCGUUACUCGGAGCGUGGGUUCUCGUCAAAAACCGAUGAUGAUAACGAUGAAGAAGUUGAGAAAACACUUGCAAUCACAAUAGGACUCAUUGCUGGUGUGGCUGUACUGGUUGUUUUCCUCUCUGUUUUGAGCAAACUUUGUGAACCAAAAGGUGGAAAAUAAAGGGCAAAGAGCAUUUUGUGGAUAUAGUAGUAAAGUGUAUGUUGUUGCAUCCUUUGGGUAAAUUGUUUUGCUUUAGGUGCUCAUCUUUUGCUUUUGUAUUAUUAUUAUUAUUAUUAUUAUUGGCCUAGCUACUUUGCUCUUUUUAAUGUGCUUUUUGAAGAGUUCUCCUCUUCUUAUAUGGACUGUAAAGAGGUACAUUGAAACAAGUGAAGUAAUUAAAGGCUGUUGAAAUAACAUAUAUGAUGAGAUCAAACUUAGACACCCCA